AUGACUUCAACUUCCGGCCCUUUUUCAUCCCUAUCUACCCCCGCAGUACAAGCCAGAUUAAGCUUCCUCAUCCAAGAAUACGAACAAACCCACACCAAAUCAAGAGAUGCAUCCAAAAGAGCGCAAAAGGUGCUUCCUGCCGGAAGCACACGAUCUGUUCUUGUCUCUGAUCCAUUCCCUCUGGUGGUGAAAUCUGCACAGGCCGCGACGUUUACAACAGUUGAUGACGUGACCUUCGAGGAUUUCGUCUCAGACUAUUCGGCAGGAAUAUACGGACACUCGCACCCCGUGAUUCAGGAAGCAGUUCAGGAAGCAUUAUCCACGGGCUUCAGUCUAGGUGGAAUCACAGGAAAAGAAACAGAGCUGGCCGAGAUUUUGGUCAACAGAUUUCCUUCCAUGGAUAAGGUCCGAUUCUGCAAUUCUGGAACUGAAGCGAACAUGUUUGCUAUUGCGACGGCAAUGGCAUCUACGAAGAGAAAGAAGAUCCUGGUCUUUGAGAAUGGAUACCAUGGCGGAACCCUCAGCUUCUCGACAAGGAACAACCCCAUGAACCUACCGCAUGAGUUCGUGGUGGGUACAUACAAUAAUAUCGAAGAGACACGACCUCUCGUCAAAGAUCUAGCGGCUAUUCUAGUCGAACCCCUCCAAGCAGCCGGAGGUAUGCAUCUCGCGACUAAGCAAUUCCUGUCGUUCCUCCGUGAAGCAGCGAGCCAGACUGGAGCAGUCCUCGUUUUUGAUGAGGUGGUCACCUCACGGCUUGACUAUCAUGGCAUUCAGGGCCUUUGGAAUAUCAUACCAGACAUGACAACUGUAGGGAAGUACCUAGGCGGUGGUUUUCCAUUUGGCGCAUUUGGCGGCUCGGCAACUAUCAUGGACCGAUUUGAUUCAACGGAUGAAUCUAUCGCGCUUCACCAUUCUGGAACAUUCAACAAUAAUAUCUUCACAAUGUGUGCUGCUGUUGCGGCGGCAAAGUUGAUUACACCACUGGAACUUGAGCGUUUGAAUACCAUGGGGGAGUUGUUCCGGCAUGGGGUAGGUAUGAUGAUUGAUGAACAAAAGUUUACGCAGAUGGAAGUCAGUGGAUAUGGAAGUGCGAUUGGAAUUCACUUUAAGGGACCUGGCUCCGAUGUUCUGAAAGAUUUGUUCUAUUUCACACUCCUUGAUCAAGGGAUUUCUAUUGGGAGACGGGGCUUUGUUUCUCUGAACCUCAUGCAUUCUAAGGCUUCUGUUAUUCGUCUCCUGGAGGCUGUAGAAAUAUUUUUUGGUGAAUUGGCAACAAUCGUGAUUCAGUCACGAUUUGUGAAUUGA